AUGAUGGGCUCAUACAUUGAAAAUCGCGUUGCUAUCGUCGUAGGAGCUACUUCCGGCAUUGGUAUUGACCUCGCCAAGAACCUCUGCGCAAAAGGAUGGAAGGUCGCAUGCGUGGGUCGACGCCACGAGGCCGGUAAAGCUCUCCUUCAAGACCUCCCACAGGACAGAGCGCAGUUCUUCGCCGCCGACAUCUCCAACUACGACGAGUACGCCAGUGUAUUUAGUAAAGUGCAUCACCUCUGGGGCCGCAUUGAUGCAUUAUGCGCCAAUGCCGGGAUCGUCGAUAUGUCUUCCAUCUACAUCUACGACUCGAAGAACAACAGCGUCGACGACAUCCCACCGACACCGGAUCUGUCCGUCGUUGACAUCAACUACAAGGGCGUUGUAUACGGUACCCAACUAGCAAUCCAUUUCAUGCGCCAUAACCCGCAGCCUGGUGGUCGCAUCAUCGUUACGGGGAGUAUUGGUGGGAUGUUCCCACACAUGUCGUAUCCGGUAUACUGUGGCACCAAGGCUGCAGUGAAUCACUUUAUACGAGGUGUUGCUCCAUUGCUGAAGCAGAAGGAGAAUAUUUUGAUCAAUUGUGUUAUGCCGGGAAUUGUGAACACGCCUAUUGUGCCACCUGAGAUGAUUGCUGCUGUUACUCCUGAAUGUAUUACCCCUGUGGACAUAAUUCUUAAAGGCUAUGAGGUCUUUUUGGAAGACUCGACAGGCAUGGCGGGUGAGCUAUUAGAGUGCUCAGCUGAAAAGCUGAUCUACUACCAAAUGCCCAAACCUGGAAAUGGCUAUAUCACGAAGCGGGCUGUCACGGUCUGGGAACCACUGUUCCGGGCCAUGCAUGGCGAAGACUCUGGGCUGUCGGAUGCCAUUCCGUGA